UUUCUUCUUGGCAAGGAUUGCUAUAAAGAAACUAAACGCAAAUAAAGAAACUUCGACCCAAGGAGAACUUCGUCAGUCGAUCAGCCAUGGCCAAUUCCGAUCCCGACAAGUUGAUCACUAAAGCCGAUAAACUAACAAAACUGAGUAUGACAAGGUGGAGUGCAGAUUGGAAGGGUGCCACAGUUCUUUAUGAGCAGGCGGCAAAUGCAUAUAGGCUGGCAAAAAAUUAUGAGAAAGCAAAAGAAGCAUUUGAGAAAGCUUCAAAAGGACAGGAAAUGCUCUCCUCGCCUUGGGAUGCUGCGAAGCAUAUGGAAUCUGCAGCUGUUCUUGCAAAGGAAGUACGCAACUGGAAAGAACUGUCUGAAUUUUCUCGACAUGCAUCUGAGUUGUAUACUGAGUGUGGAAGGUCACAACCUGCAUCAGAUGCACUUGCAAAGGGUGCUCGUGCUUUAGAAGAUUUUGCACCUGAGGAAGCUAUUCAGCUUUACACUGAUGCUUGUGAUGCUCUUGAAGAGGAUGGAAAGGAACAAAUGGCCUUUGAUCUAUAUCGUGCUGCUACAAGUGUUUAUAUAAAGCUUGAGAAGUAUGCAGAUGCUGCAACUUUUCUUUUAAGAUUGGCCUUAGCAGCUGAUAAAUGCAAUGCUACCCAUAGCCAAUGCAAGGCUUAUCUCAGUGCCAUCAUUGUGCAUCUUUAUGCUCACGACUUCCAGCAAGCAGAGAAGUGUUACAACGAUUGUUGUCAGGUUGAAGCUUUCUUGAACAGCGAUCAAAACCGUGCCGCCAGUAGACUCCUUUCUGCAUACACUGAAGGUGAUGUCGAAGAAAUCAAACGUGCUGCUCAAUCAAGCAUUGUCUCCAAUCUUGAUCACGUGAUCGUCAAGCUUGCAAGGAAGCUCCCUACAGGUGAUGUCAGUGCAUUUAAGAUGGACACAAAGGAUCAAGAAGAACCCUUGGAUGAAGAUGAUCUUACCUAAACCUACAUCUAAGUCGAUUUAUCUUAAAAGUACCAACGGGAUUAUGUCUACAUAUUGUAGAGUGAUGCAACAUUAUAUGAAUUUUUACUGGAUGAAGAUGUCUUUGGUAUAUUUCCCAAGAAAGAAAAUAUUGGUUGUGUACUAUUGGUAUUUCUGUGAAUUACUACCGAGUUUUCCUGAUAUCUUUAUUAUUCUGUGA